UGCAGCUCACUCUCCGAUCUCCUCACAUCACAACACUGAACACUGCCCCGUUUCCUCUGCCUCCUUGUCUGGCUUCAUUGUUUUGGAAGAAGAGAAGUUCAGCAGCGGCCUCAGGGCUUUCCUGGUCCUGUCGACCUCUGACCCCCCCCUCACAUCACCCCCUCCCCCUCCUCUCCCUGCCAUGUCCAACGACAGCAGCCUCCUCAGCGUCUGGGAGGCCUCUGACUGGGCGGACACCUCCCAGUGCCCGCCCUCGGUAGGUGGAGCGACUUUCUUGAUCGUGGCGUACAGCGCCGUCAUUGCGAUCGGGUUGCUAGGCAAUGCAGGCCUAGUGUUCAUCAUCACCCGGCAACAGGAGCUGCGCAACGUCACCAACAUCCUGAUCGCCAACCUGUCAUGCUCCGACAUCCUCAUGUGUGUGGUCUGUCUUCCUGUUACCGUCAUAUACACGCUGAUGGACCGCUGGGUGCUGGGGGAGGCGCUAUGUAAGGUGACUCCCUUUGUUCAGUGCAUGUCAGUGACAGUCUCUGUCUUCUCCCUGGUGCUGAUUGCUCUGGAGCGUCACCAGCUGAUCCUCCAUCCCACCGGCUGGUCCCCGGCGGCGGGACACUCCUACCUGGCCGUAGGGCUGACGUGGCUGGUCGCCUGCUUCAUCUCUCUGCCCUUCCUGUCCUUCAACAUCCUCACAAAUGACCCCUUCCAGAACAUCAGUCUGCCCGCUAACCCCUUCAGGGACCAUCUGAUCUGUAUGGAGCUGUGGCCGUCAGAUAAGCAUCGUCUCGCCUACACCACCUCCCUGCUGCUCUUCCAGUACUGCCUGCCUCUGCUGCUGGUGCUCCUCUGCUACCUCAGGAUCUUCCUCCGCCUGAGACGACGCAGGGACAUGCUGGAGCGCAGCAGGAGGACUCAGGGAGCCCAGAGGAUUAACGCCAUGCUGUUAGCUAUUGUCGUAGCCUUCGCUCUGUGCUGGCUGCCGCUGAACGUCUUCAACACGCUGUUUGACUGGCACCACCAGGCCCUACCUGACUGCCAGCACGACGCUGUCUUCUCUGCCUGCCACCUGACGGCGAUGGCCUCCACCUGCAUUAACCCCGUGGUGUACGGCUUCCUCAACAGCAACUUCCAGAGGGAGCUGAAGUCGACGCUGCAGCGCUGUCAGUGUGGUAAGCGGACGGUGGAGAGCUACGAGAGCUUCCCCCUCUCCACUGUGGGCAGCGAGGGCAUGACCAAAGCCACGUCCCUCAACAGGAUGGGGUCAGUCUCACCCAGACCUGAGUUCAGCUCAGUGAUACCUGUGAAAACAAUACCAGCAAACAGCUUCUGAUGACGACCAAACUGUUUUCUGACAAGUGGCUGACAGCUGGAACAGACUGUCUGAGACCGCUGCGUCAAAUACUGCUUCAGCUUUUACUUUCCACAACUUUCCUGCCGGAGUAAAACUUUGCUGUCAGGGUGCAACCACUUAUUUCACUCAGACUGACUGUUCGGGGGCAGGAAACAUCGAGGACGGAGGCUGUCUGAUGAGGCUUCAAGUCCAGAAAGCAAAGCAGAAUUGUGUACAUCGACUCUGCUGAGGGAAACAGAGAGGAAGCAGAGGAGCUGGUAGAACAGCCUGUUAUGCCCCACCCCCCUUGGUUACUGUUGCUAUGGUCGUUGAUCUUUGCAUUGUAGAAUGUUUGGUUUACGACGAUAACGGCGGCAGAUCUCUCAAACAGCAGACAAAAACACUUUCUCAGUUUUAGCCAUCGACCUCGGCCUGGCUAAAAUUACAACUGUUGCCAGCAGAUGUGAAGAGCUCCAGCUAAAGGCAGCUAAUUAACGUUAGCUUCAGUGCGUUAGAGUCAUAUUGUUAGAUGGACUUGUUUUAGGUACGUGACACCACACAUGAUGGCAUCAUGCUAAAAGACUAAAGUUAACAGGUAGAAAGUGAGCGAGCACUGCUUUUGUAUUACAUGAUGUGUGAUGCCAACAAAACUACCAUUAAGGCACAAACGCACCACACUGACGGUUGGUCGGCAGUCAAUGUCGAGCCGUCGGGGAGUGUCCGUGGCCCUCGACAGAGCUAGCUGGCCUUUUUUUCCUGCUGAUGUUGAAUCAGCGUCAGUGAAUGCAGAGCCUGUCGGUGAAUGACCUCCCUCUGACUGUCAGCUGAGCUCAGGUCACGAGAAGAGAAACAGGAAGUGAGUUGAGUAAAGGAGGAGCUAACGACCAAAACCAACUUGUUCCAUCAGGUCAGAUUAUUUUUCUUUUUAGCAGAAACGUUUCCUGAUGGUUUGUGUUAUUGUUCAUGUGCUAACUGGCUAACUAGCAUCAAGACGCUCUUCUUGUUGAUGAAUACAGACGACCGCCGUCUGCUGCUGUGGAGAGUCGUUUCCUCUCAGCAGGAGCAGAACGGACGAGCUGAUUGGCCGUCGGUUUGGUGUGUACGAUGUGAGGUGACGCAGCAAGGGGUCUUCAUCACCGCUAGUUCUCUGAAGUCACUUUGGUGUGUGUGGGUUGGUAGUGUUCAUCGUCUCCUCCCACAAAGAAACUGAGUUGUUGUUUAAUCGCUAACAAUGAUCAAUUCUAGUCGGCACUCAGGUGUAACUUUCCAGUUUCAUCACCAUGCAAUAUUAUAUCAAUAUUGGAUCUUUAAUCAUUGAAUCAAUAUAUCGUUCCAGAUUGAUGGAUCAUUACACCCCUCAUUGUUAAUGUGCUACCUGGCUAACUAGCGUCAACACGCUCUUCCUGUUUCCCUUUUUAAUGACGAACACAGACGACCGCCGUACGAACUGGUUGGCCGUCGUUCAUGCGCAACUUUUUGACUGAGACACGUCAACAUGAGGCGACGCAGCAGGAGUCUUCAUCACCGCUGUUUGGAUCCAUCAGCUAUAGAACAAAAACACAACGCAUGUAACAGGCAUAAUUUGACACACCGUCCCUGAACGUCCAAAACUGACAGAGUGGACCGAGACCGCCAUAUUUGGACAUGUCGGUCCGCCCCCAAAGCGGUGGUAUUUGAUGACUUUGGAGUGAGAAUGUGUUCAUGUCAUUUGGGGCCCUUUAAGACACAACACGACGGCGGGAACACUGCGCUCUGAAAAGCCAUUAUUUCCGAUGGCCAUGAUGACUUUUCGCUGUGUUGAGCAAAGCGCAGCCACUUGGCGAGCUGGAUCACAGCGGCGAGUGCAGCUAAAAAUCGUGUUUUAUCCGAGAGGGCCUUUCCUUGAGCUGUGCCUGGUCACAGACCUGUUGCUCAGGACAGUCAGUGAAAUAUGGAAAAAUGUGAAAGGAGUGACACAAACAUGGCGAAAAGAAAAAAGGAAACUGCUCUCUGACGUACGUGUUUUCUAUGUGACUUUCCAAAGUGUAAAUGAUGUCAUUAUGAUAGUGAACACUGUUGAUUAGCAUCUUAUGAGCAUUUUAAAAGUGUGGUGGAGAUUAAUAAACACAGUGGAAGUCAAUGAGGCUGCUCAACAUUAAUAUGCUAAUUUA